UAAAUCAUUUGGCAACCAUACAAUCCAACAAUUGAUAAAAACAAAAACAAAGAUGGAUGCAAUGCCCAUAAUCAACCAAAAGAAGCCUCAUGUGUUGUUCAUACCAUUUCCGGCACAAAGCCACGUCAAGUGUAUGCUCAAACUUGCCAGGCUCCUGAACCACAAGGGCCUUGAUGUAACCUUCAUCAACACUCAGUCGAACCAUAAGCGACUCAUAACAUCCGGUGGGACUCGCUGGCUAGACGAUACUCCAAGUUUUCGAUUCAAAACAGUUCCUGAUGGUGUCCCUUCUUCUACAGAAGAUGGUGUCGAACAUACUCAAACCAUAGUUGAACUCUGGAAUUAUAUGGGAACAACUUUCUAUGAUUCGUUGCUUGAUGUCUUGUCCGGCCUUGAAACUUCGGUUAGUUGUAUUGUUUGUGAUGGUUUCAUGACUUACACAAAUGCUAUGCAGGCUGCUGAGAUGCUUAAGAUCCCAGUCAUCCUUUUCUGGACCAUGGCUGCCUGUGGAUUCAUGGGGUUUUACCAGGUGAAAGUUCUCAAGGAAAAAGAACUUGUCCCACUUAAAGAUGAAAGUGAUUUGACAACUGAAUAUCUUGACAUGGAAAUAGAUUGGAUUCCCGGAAUGGAAGGACUCCUUUUGAAGGAACUACCUGAGUUUAUGCGAUACUCAAAACCGGAUGAUCCUUCGUUUAAAUAUCUCCUAGAAACCGCUCAAGCAGCUGAUAAUGUUUCACAUAUUAUCAUCCAUACAUUCGAGGAACUAGAGGCUAAACUCGUCAAAGCGAUUAAAUCCAUCUUUCCUAAUAUCUACACCGUCGGCCCUCUUCAGUUACAUUUGAAUCAGAUCACAAAAAUGGAAACCAAGAACUUAGAUUUAGAUUGCUAUAGUUUAUGGAAGGAAGAACCCGAGUGUGUCCAGUGGCUCCAAUCUAAAGAACCGAAUUCUGUGGUGUAUGUCAACUUUGGAAGUAUAGCAGUUAUGUCAUUACAAGAAUUGCUAGAAUUUGGUUGGGGACUAGUAAGCAGCAAUCUUUAUUUUCUAUGGAUCAUACGGACUGAUUUAGUGGAUGGGGAGCCUGCGGUUUUGCCUCAAGAACUCAAGGAGGCAAUGAGCGAGAAAGGGUUCGUAGGAAGCUGGUGUUCACAGGAAGAGGUGUUGAAUCACCCGGCAGUUGGUGGGUUCUUGACUCAUGGUGGGUGGGGUUCCAUCAUUGAGAGCUUGUCAGCUGGGGUGCCAAUGAUAUGUUGGCCGUUUUCAGGGGACCAACAGAUAAAUUGUAGGCAAAUGUGCAAGGAAUGGGAGGUUAGCAUGGAGAUUGAGAGGAAUGUGAAGAGGGAUGAAGUAGAGAAGCUUGUGAGGGUAUUAAUAGAGGGAGAGGAGGGUGAAAGAAUGAGGAAGAAGGCUAUGGAAUGGAAGAAAACAGCGGAAACCGCGGUAGCUGCCAAUGGCUCGUCUUGUUUCGAUAUAGAGAAACUUGCUGAUACAAUCAUUAACUUAUGAAUAAACAGGUCCUCAUUCUUGGUGGAUUAGUUCUAUUUUUUACAAGUAUGCUUAAUGGAGAGCAAAAAAUGGAGAACUCUUGUUAGAGGAUAUGGUCAAAUAACUUGGAUCAUAUUGUGUUUUCUUCUGCGGUAUUGUUGGUUGGAUCUAGUGAAGGAUUCAUGAUUUUAUUUGUAUUCGCCUAAUCGGACAGUAUGAUUUGUAGUUGUGGUUUCAAUAAUAAGUUUGGUAAGUUGUUAUUUCUGUAUGAAUGAAUUUCACACGUGAGUAUUGUGUAAGUAGUAGUGUAAUAUCCUAAAUUUGUAUUUAUCA